AUGGCCACUCCAGAAACAAAACUCUUCAUCAACGGCGAAUUCGUUCCCAGCAUUUCCGGCAAGACAUUUCCAAUCUUCAAUCCUACAACCGAAGAAAAGAUUGUCGACGUGUUUGAAGCCAAUGCUGCCGACGUUGACGCUGCCGUCACUGCUGCCGAAAACGCAUUUCCGGCCUGGAAAAGCCUCUCCGCACAUGACCGUAUCGACAAGUGCUUAAAAUUUGCCGAACUUAUCGAGAGAGAUCAGCUCGAGAUUGCCAAACUCGAUGCUGAGAAUAUCGGCAUGCCCGUGUCGGUAAAUCAUCUUUUCAUUCAGAGAGCAAUUCGAGACAUCAAGCAUACAUCUGGAUUAGCCCAUGAUGUGCAUGGAGAAACUAGCCUGAACACACCUGGGCAGAUCAAUAUUACCUUGAGGCAGCCUUAUGGGGUAUGUGCCGCCAUUCUUGCUUGGAACGCGCCAGUCGUGAUAUUCACCGCCAAGGUCAUUCCAUGUAUUGUGGCAGGCAACACAAUCAUCGUCAAGUCAUCGGAGAAAGCUCCUCUCUCUUCUCUUAAACUGGGAGCACUGGCAGCCGAAGCCGGGUUCCCUCCAGGAGUUAUUAAUAUACUUUCUGGAUUCGGCCAUACCGUUGGCGCAGCCUUGUCCAGCCAUAUGAAGAUUCGCAAGCUUACAUUUACCGGCUCUACUCGUGCAGGCAAGCUCAUUCAAGAGGCUGCCGCAAAGUCAAAUCUAAAAUCCGUUGCACUUGAAAUGGGAGGCAAAAACCCACUGAUUGUUUUCCCCGACUGCGACGUUGAAGAGGCCGCAGGCUCUGCUGCUGCCAGCUUGAAGUUUAACUCGGGUCAAAUCUGUGUCUCUAAUUCACGAAUCUAUGCCCAUAAAGACAUUUUCCCAAAGUUCCUCAAAGCCUUCAGUGAAAAGUUCGUGGAGCCCGAGUUUGGAAGCCCGCUAGAGCCCACCACUUCUUUCGGUCCGCAAGCCGACAAACUACAAUUUGACCAAAUCUUGAAAUAUAUUGAGCAGGCCAAAUCCGCAGGCGCAAAUCUAAUUGCUGGAGGUGGUCGUGCCACCGGCAAGGGAUAUUACAUCCAGCCAACGGUCUUUGCAAAAGUCCCCGCCACGGCCGACAUCUUGCACGAGGAAAUCUUUGGCCCGGUAGCUGUGAUUCAAGAGUUUGAAACAGAAGAAGAGGUGAUCACAGAGUGUAACGAGACUGAAUAUGGCCUACACGCUGGCCUUUACACAAAAGACAUCUCACGCGCAUGUCGAGUAGCGACAGCAUUGGAGACGGGAGUCGUCACAGUGAAUUCUGGUGGCGGCGCUGGCGCCUAUGACAUGCCUUUUGGCGGCUGGAAACAGUCUGGUAAUGGCAGAGAAUUGGGCAAGUUGGGCCUUGAAGAAUUUUACGAGAUUAAAACGGUUAUCAUCACAUUGUAG